UUUAUUGUAUUUUACAUGAAAAUCAAGAGAAGAAGGAAAGCUCGUGCGUGUCUGUGUAGAAGCUGAAAGUGUUUGAACCGCUUCUUCUUCGGAAGCUUCAAUGGCGGGAGGAUCAUCUCGCAGCAACGGUAAACGCCCCCUUCAGGAAGACGAUGACGAAUUGACUAAAAAUCCACCAGCGAAAAGGGUUAGGUUUCCAAAGGGUAAGAAAGGGAAACCAGUAGAUGUAAUAGUGGAGAAAGUAAUUGUUGAGGAGGAUGUGAAUGACUUAACAAACCCUGUUGUUGCUGCCAAAGAGCGUGUGAAACGCAGGAAUCAAAUUACUGCCGAGUUGUUGAGUGAGGAAAAUGGAGGUACCUCAAAUAACUUAUCGGCUGCUGAAGUGAAAUAUGAGGAUAAUGAGAAUUUUGUUGAUGAUGGGAUUCAAAUUGAGCCUUUCAACCUAAAUAAAGAAAGGGAAGAAGGUUAUUUCGAUGCAGCAGGAAAUUUUGUUGAAUAUGUAAGAGAUAAUGAGAUUAAGGAUGCAUGGCUUGAUAAUGUUGAUGUUGAUCCUAGAUAUGCUGGAUUAAGCUCGGUAGCAAUAAACGAUGAAGAGGAGGUCCAAGAACUUUCUUCUAAAGAUGUUGCAAUCAUGAAGAGGCGAAUUGCAAAUGUUCUUGAACCAGGGGAAACAGUAUUACAAUGUUUGAGAAGGUUAAAAGGCAACGGGGAUAGAAAGGCAAAAAUGUCUAGUGAGACUAAGGUUGUAUUUGACCAGCUAACCGAGGAUGCUAUGAAGCUGAUGGAGAAUGGUGAAUUCAACGUUUAUCAUGAAAAGAAAGAGGUUUUUGAGCGCGAAGCAGAAGGAUAUGAGAAGUUAGCAAGGGCAAGAGGAGAAGGCACAUCUCUGCACUCAAGCGAAGGGAGUUCUUUUUCGAAUGGGGCGGAAAACUUGCUUUCUGAUGGCCAGGAUUCAGGUGUGGCCUCUUCAAUAUUCCCGACCACAUCCACGACCACUUCAAAUCCACCUUUGGCUAGUGCAGAUGAUUUUGAUAUGUUUGCUGAUGAUGACGAGCUGGCUGCCACUAAGCCAUCUACAGAUGAAAAUAAUGCAGUUAGUGAACCGUCGUCAGAUGCCACCAUCAAUCCUGGUGGAGCUUUGCAAAGCGAUUAUGUGUUUGACGAAUCUUCUGGGUAUUAUUACAGCAACAGUUUGGGCUAUUACUAUGAUCCAAAUACAGGGCUUUAUUGCUCUGCAGCAUCAGGGAAAUGGUACUCAUUUAACGAGGAAACUGGCACCUACGACGAAAUUCAUGAGGUUGCACCCAAUUCAAGUUGAGGGGCUUGUUUCAGGGGAAUAUGCACAAUUUAUAGCCAUAUCAACAAUCAUUGUCUUCCGAUGGUUUAUGGACAGACAGAAGCAUUAUUGAUCGUUUUGCACAUACUUGUGGCCGUGUAGGUCCUUGCUGUAGCAUAUCCACAAUCAUAGGUCCUUGCUACUGCCAGCAGUUUUUCUUCUGCCUUUAUCUCUUUUAAGGUUGCUGAUGAUGUGUAGUAUUGUUAAAGAUCACCUAAUUUGAUCUCUUUAAGUUAGUAAUAAUAGAUGCUUACUCUUUUGACUUAUGAUUCCCAUAGCAUGUUUAUUUCUGCGUUGAAAUUGCAGUCGAAACCUUGUAACCGUCGAGGCUAAAAUUAUGGAGCUUCAUCCUGGACAUGCAUUGGAAACUGGAAACCAUGUGGCUGCAUAAACAAACGUAGCAGUAGUCAGUUUGCACUUCAAAAUUGCAAAACUAUUUUUGCUCGUACAAUUGGAUAAUUGUUUUGUUGGCUUCAAAAUUAGAAUCA